AGCGGUGAGCGAAGAGCGAGAGGAGAAGUGAGACGAAAGGGGGAGAGGGGAGGGAGAGAGAGAGAGAGAGAGAGACACAGACGGACGGACAGACAGAGAGAAGAAACAGAUACUUUUGCACUAGAAAGACUAAACUUCGUUUCAAUACGAUACGACGAAAAAAAAUAACGUGAUUUUUAUCUUGCCAUUUUACAAGUGACGAGGGAAUCGGAAUUAAAAGGAAAGAAUUAAAAGGAAACGGUACAAAGUGAAAGAAGUCGCGCAACGUCUCUGCCUCAUUCUCCUCCUCCUCCUCCUCCUCCUCCUUCCCGUCAAACAGGAAGUUCGUUUAAAACGAAAUAGGCGAAUAUCCGGGCGAAUCUUGGUGUCUGGGUGUGCGUUUUCCGAGAAAAGAAGAGGAGAGGAGAGGAGAGGCGAGAUCAGGCCGAGCACGCAUUCUUUCUUUCCUUCUUUCUUUCCUUUCUUCCGCAUCGAUUCGAGGCGCCGCCGAGCCGCCGCGGGUCCGUUAUCGAGCCCUUUCCACACACCGAAACCGGAACGCAGCGGACGGUAAGCGGCAACGGCAGCGGUGAGCGAGCGACGCCACGGCAUGGCGAACGAGAUCGUUCGAUCUCUCUCUCGCACAUCCGUUUCGUGGAACAGCUGAUCUAGCGUUAUCACCGGGGCGAGAAACACCAGGGUUUCCUUGGAGAGACGAGAGUCACGAGUGUCGUCGACGCCGGGCAUAUUAGCGGCGCUUCGUCGCCGACCUGGGACGUAGCGGACGCGCGGCCAUGCGUCCGGAGAAAUCCGGAUCUUGGAAAAAUCGAUGCACGGGGGUGCAACGUGACAGAUACGGCGCGUCGUCGUGAGAAGUGGAGAAGGUCCCUCUCUCUCUCUCUCUUUUUCUCUCUCACUCUCUCUUACCCGUCGACUAUGCGACCGACCUGGAUCGACCGCGACACGACUCGCCGAGCUGUCAGGUUAUGUCGCACGACGUCUGGCGAUUGUAAACACGCGUAACCCCGUUCACGCAGCGUACAUGUAAAUACAGCGUCGAUGAGGCGACGCAACCUCAAGACUGACAAGAUGCUGAAGCUGGACGAGAUCGAGGGCGAGAACGCCACCCGGGUGGCGCGCAAGAGGACGAGGAAGGCCACGGAGGAGAAGAAGAGCAAGGGCCGCAGGAAGAGCAGGCACGCCAGCGGCAGCGGACGAAAGUUGCGAAGCAACGCCGUGGAAGCGGCUGUGGUCCCGCGCAAGGUGGAACCCGCGGAAGAGGAGACGCCGCUGGAUCUGCUGUACCUCACGAAGGAUCCCUCAGGCGUAUCCUGCAAGAUCGAGCCGUCCGUGUCCAACGAGAACAAUUACAUCCUGAUGCCACCCCUGGAGACCCUCGAGGACGCGGGUAUGAGGAUGGAGGAGCUGCUCGAGCAGAGCAUGCAUAAAAUCUCCAAGAGCCAGAAGAACGGCAGGUGGAAGCACAGUUACAACAAGAUGGUAUAUCUGCGGAAGUGCGUGGCUAACAGCGACCAGUCGAUGCAGGAUGAGAUGUCCAGCCAGAGCACGUCCGAGGAGCACGAGCGUCUCCCCAGGAUCGAGGAUAUCGCGUACGAGAACUCGGAGAGGAUCAAGCGGGACAAGAAGUGGACGAAGAAGGUGAAUCCCCUCUCCCUGCACUACACGGAUAAAAAGAGACCCUAUCUCAAGUGUCCCGCGUGCGGCGCGACGUUCUUCAGCCCGAACACGUAUCAGAGGCACCUGCUCUCCCACUUGCACCCAACGGAGGAGAAUAGUUACACAUGUAAUUUUUGUAAUUAUACGAACGUGGAGCCCGGAAUGUUAUUUGCUCACUUGACAAAGCAUCAAAAUCAAUGUGAAUCCUGCAACGAGACCUUGUUGCGCAAGGACAACUACGACAAGCAUUAUCAGUGCUCGCUCAAGAUGCUGGACUUUGGCUUGAAACGUGAUCAUCAUGGAAUGUUUACCUGUGCAGUCUGCGAAUUGAUGUUCGACCUCGUGACUCAGUUGGAGAAACACUGGUUCAAGCACACCUGCAAGAAACAGAAGUCGUAUCAGUGCAACGAAUGCAGUGGGCUGUACGAGAACGCGGAAACCUUGAAGAAUCACAAAUGCCUCAAGUGUCCCAUUUGCGGCGAGGUCUACGAGAAUCUCCAUCGACUGAAGGUGCACACAAUAUGGAUGAAGCACAAACUGACGUGUCCAAUCUGUUCGUACGAAUUCAUCCUCUCCAUGGAUCAUGAGAAGCAUAUGGCCCUGCAUAGGAAGGUUUAUCAGCCGAUGAAAGAUUACAUGCAUUGUUUACGCGCGGCCGACGGUAAGACGUAUCAAUGCAACCUGUGUGACAAAAUAUUUUACGCCUUGUCCGCUCUUCGCACGCAUCUCACGGAGGAGCAUGUGGGGAGUGUAAAGGUGGAGAAGGAGGAAAUCAUAGCAGACAGCAGUUACGAACUGAAGGGGGACACUAUCAAUAUCGUCGUAGUUCCUGACUUUAAAGAUACCGGCAAUUACUAUGAGAACGAAAUGGAUUCCUUGCAGAUGGAAACCGAUCUCUAUGAUCCGUCAUAAAGACGAAAAGAUAGCGCUUGAGUUUAAGUUGUGAAAAUAAGAGCGAUAAACUCUUCUCCUAUGAACGGUUGUUAGCUUUUACCGUCGAACAUAUAAUAGUGAUACUCAAGUCGGACUAUCAAAUAAAACUGAUACAAUUGUAAGUGCCGUUUAUAGAUGUAAUUCAUGCGCUAUUUUUAAAAAUGUAUCGUUUGCUUUCAAGGAUUUUUAUAUCGAUUUAUACCACAGAACGUUAAUUUUACACAGAACAUGUUACAUUUUUCUCCUGUUUUUCUUCUGUUAAGUAAAAUAUAUCAAUAAUAAUUAAACACAUAUAUUAGCGAUCCGAAAGUAGAUAAGAAAAUAGAUACAGAACAGCUGUUGUGAAACGAUCGAAAUAGCAGAUAUUUUCUGAUGGGCUUAAUGAAUUCGAUCACCCGUACUAUUUCGCGCUGAUGUAUUAAAAACUAUAUUGUACUUAAAAUUAUUUAAAUUACAAAAUAAUGUAUUAACAUUGACUGAUAUUUCUUCUCAGUCAACGUAGGCUACCGAGACAGUAACGAUACAUUGCGUUAACAGAUUAAUUAAAGAGGACGAUAAAUACUUUGAAUUUGAUAUAUAAAGACGUAAAUAAAAGACGGGUCUUCGAUUUACUCGUCAAAAUGACGGGAAGGCAGUUUUCAAUAUUUUUUGUUGAUGCUAAAACUUCUGUCUGAUAAAUCGUACGUCGAAAUAAGAAAUAUCAAGUAUAUAUUUCGAUAGAAUAUACUAUAUUACAUUUUAUUAAUCAAGCUAUUUUUGCAUUUGAAUAAUUUCGUAUAGUAUAGCUUUUAAUGUACAUCAGUGCGAUCAAAUUUUCUAUACGAUAGGGUCGGAAAAUUUAGGAACACAAGAAAAUAAACAGUUGUUCAUAAUAGCGCUUGUGAUUCCGUUUUGUUUUGCAAAAGCAGCUUCGAAGAAAAAAUUAUGUGAUGCUUAACUGAUUUUACAAAUUUUCCUUGGUCUACAGUUCACUGUAUUUGUUAGAAUGUUAAAGGAACACAUUUUGCAAAAUUUUAUACUUGUAUAUGUAGAUUUAUAUAUUACACUAUGCGUAAUAUUUAUUAAGAUUUGUUCCGCAAAAUAUGAAAAUAAAGUUUGAGCUUUGAGAAUU